CUGGGAAAGACUGCGGCCCACCCGAGCUCCGGUGACCAUACAAAUGCGUUUCAAAUGAACAAUGAUCACCGCGCACACCCACACGCGCAGGUGAGUAACACGCCUUCUUCCUGUUCAAAGCUCAAAGUUCAGCUGACACAAACCAGACAGAAGCCACACGGCCGGAGAAAAAAAAACAUUUCGGACGCUUCUCAAACGGCCACAUUUCCUGAAACACAAGAAGAAAGCGCGUCAGGGUCCGAAGAUGGACGUCCAAAUCCGCUAACGGGUCGGAGCCCGCACCGAGCGGGACGACUGAUCCGACUGACGGAGGACGGCGGCGCGGGACAAUCGGCCAUUUUGGAGCGAAAGGCGGCGCUACCUGCUGGCCACGAUGGAGUCUGCGGCUGUGCACGGCGAGACGGAGGCGCUGCGGCAGUUCUUCCGCGGUCGCGACGUUCUGGACAGUUCGGUUGCCAUGGAUACCAGCAUCCUGGAGCAGUACCUCAGCAGCGACUUCAACGCUUUCGCGCUUCCCGACUCGCCUCCGGACUCGGACGUCUGCUCACCGGAGCGGAUCCCAGAUUUCCAAAGGGAGCUUUCCUAUUGGUCCGAGCCGCCCAUCCACUGCGGGCCCAUCCCCGCCGAGGUCCCGCCGAUGCACCUGGCCGAGCCGACCGCGCGGCACUCGUGUUUCGGCCUCAGCCGGAUGCCUUUGGGGGCGCCGGCCUCCGCCUCGCAAAACUGCUCACCCGACCGAAACAAAAGGAAAAGAAGCGAGUCGCACGGCUCGUCGCCAGAACCCGACCGACUUGCGCUCGGGGGUGACGCCCGAGGAGGACCCCUUUCCGGCGGCCGCCUGAGCUGGGAGACCUUCCGUUCGGCUGACUGGAACGCCGUCUUGGACUCCAACUCGCACGUCAUGCAUCCUCCGUUAUUGGCGGUGUCCACGGACAAGGGCUUCAACUUCUCGCCGGCCGACGAGGCUUUCGUGUGUCAGAAGAAGAACCAUUUCCAGGUGACGGUCCAAGUGGGUGUGGCCACAGAGCCCUCCUACGUGAGAACGCCGCGUGGCGUGCGCCAGCUGGACCACCUUGACAUCAACGUGUUCGGGGUCAAGAUGGAAUCUCCUGAGCAUCGCGUGCCCAUGGAGCAGUCUCAACCUGACCGCACCAAGAGGCCUUUGCGGCCUGUCAGGGUCAGCGUGGUGAGCGGCGCCAUGACCAAAGUCACGCUAGGACGCCUUCACUUCGGCGAGACCACCGCCAACAACAUGAGAAAGAGGGGACGGCCCAAUCCCGACCAGAGAUAUUUCCAGAUGGUGGUGGGGUUGUACGCCGCCGUCAAAGACCAAGACGACGAUGAGGAGUCGUCGUCCUUCCUCCUGGCCGCCCUCGUGUCCGAGAGGCUCAUCGUCCGGGCUUCCAAUCCGGGCCAGUUCGAGAUGGACGGCGACAGCCUUUGGCAGCGCGGGGCGGCGCCGGACGCCGUGGCGUGUCACGGUCGGGUGGGCAUCAACACGGACGCCCCCGACGAGGCGCUGGUGGUGUGCGGCAACGCCACCGUGAUGGGCCGCGUCAUGCAGCCGUCCGACCGGCGCGCCAAGUGCAACAUACGAGAGGCGGACGCCGAGGAGCAACUGAGGAGGAUCACGCAAAUGCGCCUGGUGGAGUUCGACUACAAGCCCGAGUUUGCCUCCAAGAUGGGCAUCGAACACACGCACCGGACAGGCGUGCUGGCUCAAGAGGUGAAGGAGCUUCUCCCUUCGGCCGUCAAGGAGGUCGGCGACAUCACGUGCCACGACGGCCACAAGAUCAACAACUUCCUGGUGGUGGACAAGGUACGACUUGCAUCUCCUCCUCCCGGCGCCCUGAUUUCUCCUCUUUGUCCUCCGCCCUCGGUCGUCCAGGACCAGAUCUUCAUGGAGAACGUGGGGGCGGUGCAGCAGCUCUCCAAGAUGGCCGACAGCCUGGAGACACGCGUGAGCGAGUUGGAGCUUUGGAAGCGACGCCUGGCCAAGUUGAAGAGCCUGACGGGAAGUCUGCGCUCCACCGGGACGUCGAGGAAGCCCAGCGCCGCGUCGGUGGCGGCGCAGAGUUUCGAGGCCCGCGCCAAAGCCGGCCAGGCCGACGACGACGGCCGCGCGCCGCAGAAAAUGCUCCGGGCCGGGGUGCUGACGCUGUGCCUCGCCGUCGCCGCCUGCAUCAUCAUCAUGGGCGCCUUGUACCUGCUCAACUCAACGCAAGGCGACGUGGACUCGUCCUCCGGUGUCAGCAACAGCAGCGUGCUUCCGGCGCCGACGGCGGCCAGCGGCAGCUCAGCGCCGCCGAUCGUCCCCCCGGGGCCGUGGCCCCCCGACGUGCACUUCUGCGAUCUGCUGUACUGCGACACCGUGUACUGCUGCCCCUCGCCAACGGGGAGCGGGCGCCGCGUCGAGGCCGGCCCGUCGCGAGCCGGCGACGGAGCGGCGGAAACCCCAGACGACUUGCUCCAGAGGCUUCAAAGCUCCACAGACUGGACCAACACAAGCAUUCAGUCCUUCAUGAUCAAAGAGAACCAGCAGGUGAUCGACAGCCGUUACUGCGUGCGAGACGAAUGCGGACCCGACAGGUUCGUCUUCCAAGUGCCCGUCAGUCCCUUUGUGCCCGUCAACAUGAGAGUGACCCUCCUCAUGAAUUCCACCGAGCUCCUGGUGGUGCACUUGUGCGCCUCCCACGAAUCGUCCACCUGCGCCGCCCUGCUGGACAGAGAGCUGAUUAGCACCAGUCGCUAUCCGCCCAAUACGCAGGGGGAACACGAAUGGCCGCUGCACGUGGCUCGCCUUUACCACAGCUCGUACCACUUUCGAUCCACAGUGGCCUGGAAGACAUCCAGGUCCACUGGAGGUGUCCUGGAGGAGGUCAUGUGACUCGAGUCUUGUGUCAUGCAACUUGUGCACAGGGCCAAGCCGACUGCAGUACCGACCAUCACUUCGGGGGGGCGCUCUUCACAGAUUACCAUUUCUACUUCUACCGCCGCUGCAGCAACUGACGCCGCUUUUUUUGUUUUUUUUU